UUGUCACACGUUUUGCGGUAGCAAAACCAGCGACUGAACUCGGUCAGUGUAAAGCUAGAGAGCUAGCCAUGUCUGCGGAGAAGGAGUGUGACAGUCGCUUGGAUUGGAAACUACUGAAGCAGGGAGCCGAGGCGAGAGUGUACAGCUGCAUGUACCUCGGCAAGCCCGCCGUGGUGAAGGAGAGAUUCGUCAAGACCUACCGCCUCCCCGAGCUCGACAAGAAACUCACACACAGGAGGAUGAGUCAGGAGGUGAGGUCAAUGGCUCGCUGCAGAAAGCACGGUAUUCGCGCCCCGGCAGUCUUCCAUUUCGACGCCACGCGAAGACUCAUCGUCAUGGAGCACGUAACAGACGGAACUCUACUCAAAGACUACAUAACCAGUCUGAACGGUGGUUCCAAACGAGAGGAGAAACUUUCGAAUCUCGUGGAGCUGAUUGGCAGCGUUCUUGCUCAGAUGCACGAUAUCGACCUCAUACACGGAGAUUUGACCACUUCCAACAUGAUUUUCAACGCGGAGAGACGCGAGUUGACGCUGAUUGAUUUCGGGCUGAGUUACGUGUCGUCUCUCGCCGAGGACAAAGGGGUCGACCUGUACGUGCUGGAGAGGGCUUUUCUCAGCAGUCACCCUAACACUGAGACGCAGUUUCAGAUCUUACUGGACAGCUACACACGUCACUCAAAGAAGGCUCGAGCAGUCGUUCAGAAAUUGGACGAAGUCAGAACGAGAGGCAGAAAAAGAACAAUGGUUGGCUAAAAUGCAUUCUGCAACAAUAGCAUUUUUGGUUUUUUCUUCAUGAAAGUCAAAGAAUUUAAGCAAAC